AUGCAUGGUAGUAUAUCUAUGGACGAACCUCGGUUAAGGGAAAAGGAGGAGAAGCCAGAUAGGCUGGAAGUAGGGGGGAAACCCCAAGGGCCUCAGGAGCGUGAGGGUUCCUAUUUCAGGGUAUGGAAGCAAGUUAUCCAUGUUGUGCUGUUGCUUGGAACCAUUGUGACUUAUUUUUACUUCUUUCGCCGAGAGAAUUUAACUCGUCCAUUAGAGGAGCUCAAUGGGGAAGUACGCGGGUUUACAACGUCAUUGAGUGACGAUAGGAAUGUUUCUUCUGCUGAUAUACUGUCAAUGUUGAACCUCAGUCCAAAUCAACCGGUUAAAAUCACAGACUUAAGCGGUAAGAGAGCCCGUCAUUUGAAGGGAAGAUUCUUACACAUUACGGAUAUGCAUCCGGAUCUCUACUACAAGGAAGGAAGCUCCACCCGUAAAACGUGUCAUAGAGGGAAACCCCAAGACGAUAAGGAUAGAGCGGCUCGAUUUGGUAACGCAAUGAUGGGCUGUGAUGCUCCUCCAGCUCUCAUGGACUAUACGUUGAAAUGGAUUGAGGACAACCUUAAAGAUGAAAUUGACUUUAUCAUUUGGACAGGUGACAACGUGAGACACGACAACGACCGUAUGAUUCCUAGAACAGAGCAGCAGAUUUUUGACAUGAACAGACAUGUUAGUGAACUUUUUUCUAAGAAGUUUAGGGACCCUAGUUCUCAGGAUCCUAGGGAGUUUACAGUAAAGAUAAUACCCUCGUUGGGAAACAACGAUGUGUUCCCACACAAUAUGUUUUCCACCGGUCCCACAUUGCAGACAAGAGAGUUGUUCGAUAUAUGGAGAAACUUUAUCCCACAAGAACAGCAAAAUACCUUUGAUAGAUACACUUCAUUUUUCGUCGAAGUUAUUCCAGGCCAAUUAGCUGUCAUAUCUUUGAACACCUUGUACCUGUUUAAAGGUAACCCAUUGGUGGAUAACUGCAGUUCCAAGAAUCAACCGGGCUAUAAACUGCUCCUAUGGUUGGGCUACACUCUACAAGAGCUAAGGAGCAGAGGCAUGAAAGUAUGGCUCAGUGGACAUGUCCCACCAAUCGCAAAGAAUGCAGAUUCUUCAUGCUCAGACAAGUUAGCACUAUGGUUGCAUGAGUAUAACGACAUUAUUAUUGGCGGUGUAUACGGACAUAUGAACAUGGACCAUUUCAUCCCAAUAGAUGGUAAAAAAGCAUGGGACAACCUUGCUGAAGAUUAUUCGGCAUUGGAGUUCGAGGCACGUGAUUUUGUUGAGGAUGCAUCUGCAGGAAGACGGAUAACCAUAGAAGGGGCCAAACCUGUGAAGAAGGUUAGUUACAUGAACAGAGUACGCGAUCAAUAUUACUCCAAAGUGGCUGCUAAGUAUGAUCGUGUUUCCAGAAAGGAUCCUUUGUUUGAAAGGUACAGUUUAGUGCAUGUUGGUACGUCCAUCAUCCCUACCUUCAAUCCUGGUUUCAGAGUUUGGGAAUACAAUAUCACUGCUUUGCAAACUCAAGAAGUGCAUGUGCAUUCGUACCAACCAUGGGAUACCUUUUUUGAAGAGUUGGAGGAGAAGAUCGAAUCAGAAUUGUUACGCCCAACUCUAGAAGAGGAGGAGGAAAGAGAACAUGAACAAGAAGAAGAUGAAAAUGACGAUGACAUAAGCAUUGCCAAGAAGAAGAAAAAGGGUAGGAAGGGCAAGAAGGGCAAGAAGGGCAAAAAGAGACGGAAGGAUUGGUGGAAGGACGACAAGACGAUACCUAGGAAGAAGCCAAAGGACAUCGAACCUGGACCAUCGUACGAAAACCAACUCUUUUCCCCUCUACGGUUUGUUCAAUACUAUGCCGAUUUGAAGCAGAUUGACAAAGAUUAUCGGAAACUAGUUGCUGAGGGGAAGAGCGAGGACGAAGCUGCAUCGAUUGCAUUCCAAUACCAAGUCGAGUAUACUUCUGAUCAAAAGCCAUAUCCGAUGAAGACCCUCUUGGUGAAAGAUUACAUGAAAUUAGCAUCUAUGUUAGCGCUAGAUGACAAAGUUUGGGACAAAUACCUAGAACGAGCAUUCUGUUCUAGCGGAUACGAGGAGUAG